GUGGGAAAUACUUUAUCAGCAGCGGCCGCUUAGACAGGAAACCUAAACACUUCCUUCUUGCAAUCCUCGGUUCGCCUCAAGAGUUUUAGAUGCAAACAAAACUGCAGCUAAAGGUCCAGAAUUCCUGCAAAACGAACUAAGUUAAAAUGGAAUUGCAAAUCCUUGCAAUGAGUGAGGCUCUGGAAGAGCCUCUGCAAAAGUAUUACACAAGUUUUGUGAAAAAGGAGCCAGGCGAAAAGGAUAAGAAGCGCACUUUACAGUUGAUGCUGAAACAGCUUCUGGAGUUUAUUCACAGUCGAGACGAUUUGUUUGAGAAUUGCUUCAUCCAAGUGGGAAGUAUUGCUGACGGAACCAAAGCCGAGGCUGUCGAUGAACUUGAUGUACUGAUCCCCUUGCGGAAGGAUAAACUCCGGGUUACUCCGAAUGACCAGAGUUUGAAUACAUUUUCCAUCGAUGAGUAUGUCAAUGGCGGGUGGAGGUGCCUUUCUCAUGAUGAAACUAUCUCGAGGCUGUAUGAAUUGGUAACUGAAUACAAAGAGAAAUAUUACAAGGACGACCCUUCCUUUGCAGUCAGAAAAAAGACGGUCACAGCUGCAGCUUUGCCUCUGAAGAUUGACUGGAUAAAAAUUGAUAUGGUGCUUUGCAUUAAAAAUCCCCUUCAGUUCUCUGAUGUGAAAUGGCCUUUUCCAAAAUGGCUGAAUGGUCAGUCCAAGUGGCUGACCUAUCAACAACAAGAAUCUGUCAGACAAAUGGGAAUAGACAUGACAUGUCAUGGAAUACUCUGGAGGCCAUCCUUCUCAAGGAUCGAUGCUUAUUUAAUUGGUAAAAUUGAUGCAAAAGUGGUUAUUGGAAAAAAAGCCUUCAAAAUCUUUAAAUUUCUCAAUGGCUACUAUUGGACAGUGGAUCAAUUAUGCGAAAACUACCAGGGAAAGAGCCGACCUUUUCUUGGGUCCUUCAUGAUGAAGAUUCUCUAUUUACAUGCAAGGGAAAAGUAUCCAGAAUCUCAUCACUGGGACACACUGGGAAGGUCAUUUUGCAACUUCUUGGAUGUUUUAAACCAAUGCUGUAAUGAAAAGUGCCUGAAUCAUUAUUAUCAAACUAACAACAACCUCUUUGAACAUGUUGCUGAUAAAACCUUCCUAUGGUUACAAGAAAAAAUUCGCAAUAUUCUAGAAAAUCUAGAAGAAGAGCUUUCCUGAACUGUUUGGAAGAAAAAAGAACAGAAAGAUUUAAUUAAAUACCAGGACAAAAGGAA